UCAAGAUGGCGAAAAACAACAUAAACAAAAACAACAAUAUUGACCUUGCAGUUUGUUUACAAGAGAAUAAUUUUGGGGAUGCUGAGUACCUGCUGGAUGGAGGAGCAGACCCAAACAAGAUCAGCCAGUUUGUUGGAGCAUCGCCAAUGCACCUGGCUGCAGGACUGGGGCUAAAAACAUUGAGCUUGCUCUUACAGUAUGGAGGAGACCCUAAUGUCAGUCUAGAGGAUGGCACAACUCCGCUACAUGUAGCUGCCAUGUGGGGGUUCACAGAAUGUGUCAGUAUGCUACUUGCUAAUGGUGGCGAUCCAUUCCUCAAGGAUCAGGAAGGUUUGAGUGCGUCUGAGCUGGCCUACAGUUAUGGGCAUGAGGAGACGGCCCAAACCAUCGAGUACUAUGUCAAACAGAUCAUUGACACAGAUGAGCCAACUAUCACGCCCAAAUACUCCAUUAAACGGCUGAGUGUAGAAAGUGCUAAGUCUGAUAACUCUGAAGAGGAAUCCAGCCCAUCCCUGUAUGACACGCAAGAACUCCAAGACUACCUGCGGGACUUCACACAUCGAAGAAACUCAAGCGUGUAUAAGCGUCACUUGCAGAGGCAAGUGGACCAGUACUUCGGUGUGGGGCAGGGCACACACCUCAUGGAUGUAACUUCACCUGACCACCCGUACAUAGAGAGGAAGUCAAUCCCAGAGAUGACUGAGGAACCCUCAAGCACGGACAGUUCUCUCAAACUUCAUCUGAGUGCUUCGGACAAUGAGCCCUCCACAGACUGUGACAGCUUUGUUACAUGCGAUGGUGAGGACGUAGAGACAGUAUUACAGAAGACUGAAGACAUUUCCCUGAACAAGUCGUUUGACGAGAGUGAUGAUGAGAGCUACGAUGACUACUCCAGCCAUUGUCCAAAUACAGUCAUCAAGAAUCCUACUUAUGACAGUCAAAACACUACACCAAGAAACACUGACAGAAGUGUUCAAGAGAGGCGGUCAGAUGGUGCAGACAGGUCGAAGAAGUAUUGUCGCAGAGAGCUGCUACAAGUUCCUGAUUCACAGGACCUGCUCACAGAUGGGGAUAAAUGUGAAUACUGUAGCGCUGUAGCAACACACCGGAGCCAUGAGGGGAGUUUAUGUGACACUUGCUACAAAUUGGCUCAGGAACUUGAUCAGCUUAUGUGCUCUGGUGAUUGUGGGGACCUUCCUGACCUGAUGACGUCUGUGUUCAACCAUGAAUCUACAAUCUCUAAUAGUGAGGCUGGUCUCAGUAGAAAACAGGGUGAGAAAACACCAGCUUACAGGUUUGCUGAAAAAGUCUCUGAGAGGGACAAGAAUAAAUCUGAUAGAAACUGUGCAAGACAGAGUUCUCAAAGUGGUAAACUAAGGAGAGUAUUUGAGGAAGACGAAUGGAAUGUAGAUAAAUAUGAAUGGAAACAAAAGCAAGAAAGUGCUCAAAAUCAUGGAGAAAGUGCUCAAAAUCAAGGACAAUCCUAUUACAUCAGUGCAGGCAGAAGUGUAUCUCAAGAUUGUUUGCCAGAUCAUUCUCAGGGAUCAUCAACCAAAAAUAAUCAUCAUUUGUCACCAAAGAAAAGCUCAUAUUCAAGUAGAUUUCUGAAUGACAAUCAUAAGCCGGAGAGAAUACCAAAAACUCAGGAAAACAAAGCAGUACCAAAGAUGAAAAAUUCUACACUUAUUAAUACAAAUGGCAGAAGAUCAGAGAUACAGACUAGCAAAGACUCUGUUAAUGAUUUAUAUUCUAAGAUGAACCGGCUAAGUAUUGACCUUCAGUCCGGAGAUGGAAUGUUUGGACAAAGUACAUUGACUCAUGUGACAGAAUUGGACGAUUUUAGCGAUUCCAUACUCACUAAUGAUGAAAGCUUUUUUGAUAGGAAUAUAGAUUCUAGGAAUAUGCAGAUCAGUAAGAAAGAAUUCCAUGCCAGCGAUAUUAGCUCGUUGAGUGAAGAUACUGUUGGUGGCGAGAAUGGUAAGAUUUCAAGACUGAGACCAUCCGAAGAUGUCGUUCAAAGCAGAUUUCAUCCCAGUGAUAUAAGUUCAUUGAGCACUGAAACAGCAAAAAGUUCAGAUACCCUGUCAAUUAAAGAUUUGGGAUUUUUGGAUGAUUACUCACCAACUGCCAAUUUAAAUGAUAGAGAAUUUUUAACAGAAGUGGACAUGAAUGAUAAUGAUAGGAGGUCCAAAAAGGCGGUAGGAAACAACCAAAAGCUGAGUCCAAAUAUGGAUGAGUUGUGGUCUCAAGUUCGAGCUUGCAAGCAUGCAAAACAGCAAGUGAAAGACAAGAAUAAUGUUUUGGAUAUAGCUUUUUAUGGACGCGAAUCUGCGUCUACUGCCUGUGGUAGUGUAAAUAGCAACGCUUCAACUGUAGACUAUAUUUACACAGACAAGGAAAACGGCAUAACGCUGAUAGAGCGCCAUCUACCGUCCCUCUGCGGAAGUCAGGGAAGUCGGAAGUCCCUUGAUAGUGUAGCAAGUGGAAUGACUGUGGGAAGCGAUGCAAGACUUCCUGGUCACGUUCCGACCUCUGCGAGGGGUUCGUUUGAUUCUCAGGCCACUGAGGUAUAUAGUUGGAGAGAUAACGCAAUGAUUAUACUCUCUGAUGACAGUUGUGCUGCCUCGCAGGAGUCAGAUGAGCAACCCAUCUCACAGGAACUGCUGUCUCUUGAUAAUGAGGCUGUCAGGUCAAGACUGUGUAGCCAUGGAGAUGACCCUGGCCCUGUUACCAUAACAACAAGACAGCAAUAUCUACGGAGACUCAGUCAGAUAGAGAAGGACCCAGACAAAAAAGUUCUGACAAAAAGAAAACCAGAAUACUCAGCCGAACUACGACAAGCCCUAUCUGGGUUACAAGAUAUGACGGGCCUUCGGGAUCUUGAAGAGCGAACAUUUACUGCAUUCCAAAACCCAGACCCUGCGCGACGAUGGCGGGAGGGCACGCUUAAGUCAUCAUUCAAUUAUCUGCUGUUGGAUCCUCGGAUAACACAAAAUCUGCCUAACAGGGCCUGUAAUAUGGAUGAACUUGACGUAUUUAGGACAUUCAUAUCAGCGACUGUAUACAUUGGAAAAGGCAAGCGAGCUCGUCCGUACUCCCACCUUUAUGAGGCCAUCAAACAACAGAAGAAACAAACUAACAAGGUCAAUGAAAAGGUGACUCGGAUCCUGGACAUUUGGGGCAGUGGUCAGGGGGUUGUGUCUCUUCACUGCUACCAGAGUGUUAUACCCGUGGAGGCUUACACACGGGAGGCUGCCAUGGUUGAUGCUAUAGGUCUUGACCACCUGACAAACAAGAAACGUGGCGACUACUACGGAGUGUCUGCCACCUACAGUAUGAAAAUGCGGCGGACCCUGGGAGUGUAUCUCCUCAAAAAGGCUCUGCAGAUCUUCCUGGCAGAGGGGGAGAGGCAGAUAUCACCAGUGGACAUACUUAAACCAAUAACUUGAAUUCCUCAAGGCUGCGGAAGUUUUGGAUGGAACUUUGUCUCAUUUUGAAAAUGUGGUGUGUACCUCCUUACGAAGGGUCUACAUAUUUUCCUGGCGGAGGCAGAGAGGCAGAUAAUCACGCGUGGAUAUUAUAAACCUAUAACAUGAAACCCUUUACGGAAUAAGUUUGGCAUGAAAUUUUGCAAUAUUUUGACGCAUUCUGAGAAUCUGGGGUGUACCUCCUUGAGAAGGGUCUACAAAUCUUCUUGCACAGGGGGAGAGGCAGAUAUCACCAGUGGACAUACUUAAGCCUUGAAGUUAAACCUAUAACUUGAAACCCAUUACCUCGAUAAGUUUUGCAUGACAUAUACAAUAUUUUUGAUUCGUUUUGAGAAUCUUGAGGGAAUCUGCUUUAUGAAGGUUCUACAUAUUUUCUUGCGGAGGGUGAGAUGCAGAUAUCACCUGUGGACAUAUAUAACCCUACAGGUUGAGAGUUGACACCCGGGGCAAAGAAAACACCAUGCUUUACACAAGUUGUGUUUUUACAGAACCUGUGGUUAAUUGAAGACUUGAAUUUGUCCAACAAAAAAAAGUCCCCCAGAUUUUCCCUGCUCCGAGGCAGAGCAAAAACCUUGCUGCUAUUUAACACAUUUCAAAGGAGAGAUAAACUACGCAAACUUUUCCUUGAAAAGGAUAUUUAUACUUAUGCUACGCAAAGUCAGCUACUUACAUAAAACAAAAGUUGCUCAAUAUAUUUUACUGUUUCAGUAUUGCUUGGUCUUAAUGCAAUAUGACAUUGUUUCAUUCAAUGAGGUAAAAAUAAGAAAAAAAAAUGCCUGGUAAGUAACUUUAUGCAGCUAUACAUAUAUAUAUAUUUUUUGUGUUAUUGUUGCAAACAUAACAAAGUGUUUGAAUGAUAUGGCAACAAACAAUGAUAUGGCUUGAAACAACAGACAUGAAAUAGUUAGUGCUACUGUACGUGAUAUUCUCAUGCAUGUACAUGUUUGUUUAUUAAUAUUUGCAUUUGUUAAUGAGUUUUAAAUGUUCAAUGUAUAGUAUUCUAUUAAUUGAUUUCAUGAAAAAGCAUUGUUGAUUGUGACUGUCUUAUUAAGAUUAAGUUUGUUUUUGAGAUUGUUAUUUUGUUUUAAGGAUAAAGUUAAUAAGGUAUUAUCAUAACACUAGUGUCAUCAUUGUGGCAGAGUCAUACAAAGCAAUUGGCAGAGUUAUAUGCUAAAGCAAUUGGCAUAGUCAUACAAAGCAAUUGGCAGAGUUAUGCUAAAGCAAUUGGCAUAGUCAUACAAAGCAAUUGGCAGAGUUAUGCAAAAGCAAUUGGCAUAGUCAUACAAAGCAAUUGGCAGAGUUAUGCUAAAGCAAUUGGCAUAGUCAUACAAAGCAAUUGGCAGGAACAAACAAAGCAAUUGGCAGGAAAAAACAAAGCAAUUGGCGAAGUCUUGAUAAUAAUUCAAAUAGAAUUCAAGACAUUUACCAGUGUUCGACACUAACGGGGUCCCGGGAUCCCGAGGACACCAAUUUUUCAGGAGGGACACCUGAACUUCAAAGUCCGGUAUUCCGUCGGGACACUUAAAUUUUUGACUGAUAAACGCUAAAUAUCAAUAAAUAAGUAGCAUUUAAUUAAUUUAUUACCUAAAUUUGGGCUCCCCUAAAUUUCUUGACAGCACAUGUCAAAACAAUUUUAUUAAUUAUCGGACUCAUCAAAGCGAAAGUAUAGCUGACUAUUUGACUAUAGUUACGUCAUGAAUCUAUAAAUAAACAGUCAUUUCACAAGGCGCAUGCAGGUAAACGCUUCCAUUUUGUUGUUUACAUUUUAAACAAUGUCAGAGCUGACAGAGAUUUAUUAUCGGUAAAAUACUUAUGUGGAAUUGUUUUGCUUAUGUGUCAGAACCGCCCAAAAAGAUGCCAACUCUGGUGAUAGCUUUUAUGUAAUAUGAUACGACCUUUGAGUAUUUACAGUAACAUUUACGACACAAAAGAACAGCAUCCUAUAUUCAGCAUUCUUUGUUAAUUGGCAUUCAACUUAUCAAUAUUCUUUGUUAAUUUUAAAGACAUAUAUUUUAUGCUUUGAUAAAAAAAAAAAAAAAUAGAAAUAAAAUUUGCAGGGUUUUAUUUAUUAAUUCAAUCAAUUUAUAAAAUUUUAUGACUUUUUGGCGCGAAAAUUAACAUGUAUACACAAUUUUUGGUCGUCUGCUCGUCCAGUAUGCACUACGACUGUUGGGCAGUCUGAUUGAUUUAUCAACAGCUCUACUAAAUAUUGAUUGGAGUUUUCACAAGCCAGAUGUAAUAUUCCUACAGUUUCUUAAUGAAAAGCACCGACAUUUGACAAGACUCUGAACCAUGAUGUAUUUUACGCGUAUUUUCCAAAAAUCUUAAACAUCAAGUUUUUGUUUACAUUGUAUCCAUCUCUGUUUUUGAAAACAAAAGGGACUUAGACAUUCUCCCGCUUUUGAACCCAAUCUACCAACUUAGAGACCAAAAUAUACCUCACUGCCAUUCAGUGCUACUAACCUGUCAUUACAUGCUGCUGAAAACAUGUAUAAUAUGGUGGUGUAUACUUGCAUUACAAAUUGAAAAGUAAAAGGAUGUUGAAUAUAAUAUUAAAACAGGCUCAACAAUGAAAAUAAUGUAAAAAGUGGAAGGGACUCCUAAUUUCAGGAAGGGACACCUGAUUUCAAAUGUUAGUGUCCCUUUGGGAUCCCUUGGAAAAAUGGUUAGUGUCGACCCCUGCAUUUACACAAAAUUGUGCGCAUGUUUUACCAUUGACAGUACACAAUGUUGAAAGGGCCAUCGUGUUAUAUUUAAUCUGUCAAGGUAUGCUCCUUAGUAUACUGAGGAAAUGGACACGCUUUGCCAUUUAAAGAUGCCCUUGUUAGUCUCAUAAUUAUUGUCCACAACUUAUUGUUUAUUCACAUCUCAUGUGGUUGCAAUUUAAAAUGCUUCGGCAUUGAUUAAAACACAUUUUCAAAGAUCAUUUCUUAAAGUUCACAGAUUCUCUGAACUGGUACAGAGAAAAUGUACUGAGAAUUUGUACAGUGUAUUAUCAUAGUACAAGCAUUUUGUACUGUUAAACUUUUGAUGACUCAUUUUUACAUUUAUUUUCCUGUCAGAGUUUAUAUGACAAAACCCAUAAUUUAUUUGAUCUUCAUAAGCAAAUGUCUUAAAUUUCAAAUUAAAUUUCAAGUAUAUUGUAGCAUAUCAUUGUUUUUUUGUAAAUUGAAGAUUGUACGAGAACUCUGAGGGCUUUAAGGAUGUUCAGUUUGUACAUGUUUGUAUACAAAGUAAAGUGCUCUGAUAGUAACAUUUUAUGACUUUGUCGAGUGUUCUGAUUAAGAAUGUGAUUGUAGUUUUAUUCAUUUCUUUUAUCUUUGCAUGAUACAUAGUUAAAUCAGAUACCAGUAUACCAAUGUAAUUUUUACUACUUGCAGUGACAUGUUCACUAAAAUUGUAACUUAAGCAGUGUUUUAGCCAGGUUUUCAGCCAGGUACCUUGAUAAACAUACCUAGUUUUUUAUACAUAGUAUGUAUGCACUGUGCUGUCUGUGGAGUUUUGUGCUGUUCUUCCAUGUUUCUUGUUUGUGAAUUUUUGUUUUUAUGUUAUAUGUCAUUGGCGUUUGCCCAGUGCCAUUAGACCAGGUUUAUGUUUAAACUUUUUGCAACUUGUUUGUUUAUGUAGCUUUUCGCAUAAAUAUUCAAAAGGGCAGAGAGCUGCAAAAAUGUCAGAAAAGGGCACACUGUGUCUGGCAGUGAAGAAUUUGAACAUAUUGAAUGUCAUCAAACAAUAGUAGGAAUCGUGCUUAAUUGAAGUAACAAAUAUUUCAAGACAUAGUGUGAAUGACUUUAUUGUUAUAUUUUAAGUUUUAAUUAAAACAAAAGAAAUUUUUGAUUAUCGUAAGCAUUUGAUUCUAUGAAGGCAGAGGGUACACAUGCUGAUCUCCUUGAGGGCUGAAGGGUGCUACCAAAAAAGAUCAGUGUGUAGUACCCUCCCAUUACUCUAGCUAAAACCCUGCUUAAGCCAUAUUUCAUUAAUGAUAGUUAGUUGUAGAAAUUCUGACAAAUAGUUCCUUUAUAAUGAUAUUUAAAAGCAUUUCUGAUAAAAAAAAAUACACAAUAUAAAUACAUGUGUACUUGUUUGUCAUUUUGUUUUUUUGUAAGGCAUGUAUGUAUUUUGAUAUUUUUGUGUUUGAUUGUAUUGUACUUGCUUCUGUGAUUAUAUUAGGGAUGUGUGAUAUUAUCAAUAAGUUGUUUUGAGCAGCACAAGCGUAUUGAAAUGCAUUGACUAAAUUUCAAUGUAUUCUUGUUUUAUUCAUACUAUACAGUAAUUGUAUUGUGCUUUAAAAAGUUGAACAAAUAACCAAUUUCCACUCAACAAUUAUAAUUAAUAUUAUAUAUGUUUAUUCAUAAUAGUCUGGGAUGUAACAUUUCUGCAGAUUUACGCAUUUAAGGAACCAAAAAUAAAAAUUAAGAUAUUUUUUUAACAAGAUGGUUGUUACUGAUUUGAUGUAAGUGUUGAGGAUCCUGUUUGCAUCAAAUAUGAAGCCAGGAGAGCCCUAUGAAGAGAUUCUAAACAUUCAGUUUUACAAUGUACUACUGCAGCUCAGGAGGGAGCCUGGGCUCACAGACCCCUUGCUGAAAUGGGUUCAGUCCUUCAGCUGAUAGAUCAAUUGCAUUGCUGAUAGUGUAUGAUAGUGCUUGUUUUAUUCUUUUGUCAAAAUUGCAUCUAUAGGCGUAAAAAUGCCAAGUUAGUUAAAGACAAAUAAUAAUAUUUUAAUCAUUAUUACUCAUUACAAAGAGGAAAUAGUAUGACCAAGAGAGAAAUAAUGAUUAAAAGAAGAUAGUAUUUCAUAAAGUACUCACAAAAGUCUGCCGAGCCCUAAUAGGUAUAGAAAAAUAUCUUAUAAACUUUUAAGAAAGCCUUGGCCCAGACUUUUUUUUGCAGGUCAGUGAACUGAUAGUUAUGGUGGCAUAUUCCUGCCGCGCAUUGUUUCGUGUUACCCACUGAAUUUUCUUAAUGAAUUUCUUGCUAUCUAGUUAAUAUUCGUGAAACGUUUUCGGUUAGAUAAAUAUCACAAAAUUAAAAACGGACUUGAAAGUGCCCAGAACUGCCACCUGUUACCUGUCCAUGCUGUACAACACUUUCAGUUUAUCAAGUUAUGUUUUGCAAAUUCCACUUAGUAAGUAUCAUAAUAACAGGUUAACUAGAUAUGAUAUGUGUUGUCAGUCAUCUAUUUAUAGAUUUAUACAACUGGUAAGAAAAUGAUGUGGAAAUUAAGUGGUUAACACGAAGCGAGCGAACGAUAUCAGGUUAUCUUAUGGCAGCAAUAUGCCACCAUGGACAGCUGUGCAUGAACUAUGCUGACUUAAUGAUCAAGGAAUAAUUAAUGCGUGGUGGCAAAGAACAUAUUCAAGUCUGGUUCAAAUUUAUUCGGUGCAAUAACAUAAAAAAAUAUUUUGUUUUAGAAGGCUAGAUAGAACUAGAAAUUGUUUUGUUUUAAAUAGUGCAGGAGAAUACACUUUCUUUUAUUUCUUAAUUGUGCAAUAUAUUGUUUUUUAAAAGAGUAACUAAUAGUUUUAGCGAUCAGUUGUUUUAUUCUGAUUUUUAAAACAUUUAUUAUACCACCGGUAAUAUGUAAAGAUUGUUUUAAUGAAGAUGCCAAAAUUGUUGAAUGAUAAAAUUAUUAUAAAAUUAUUAUAAAAUGACGAUA